ACCCAGUAGACAGGAUCCGGGGCAGGCGGAGCGGAGGGUAACUUGCGCCGAAAGGACUCGGGCUGCUUGAGCGGGACGCCUGACAAGUCCCGCAGAAAACUCGAGAGGGUGCAAAGUCCGGCUCGAGUGUGAGCAGAGAUAGGCUGGAAGUUAAUGUGUGAGAGCGUGCCGGGAACUUAAUCACAUGUGAUUUUACAGAUAUGCGCCAAAGAUGGCGGUGGUAGUAGCGACGGGAGUUUCGAGUGGCUUCGGAGUCCAAAAAAGUGGAUUUGUGGAGGUUUUGGUGCGGGAGCGCUGGCACAAAGUUUUGGUUAACUUGAACGAGGUAGCGCUCACGUUAAGCUGCGAGGAGAGCGGCGUUAACGACGGCGACGAUGUUAACUCCAACGGCGUCACUAACGGAUCUUACCUUGACAACAGUAACGCCAACUCCAACAAUGGCCCCCAACCUGUGCGCACCGCGUUCACGGACCUCCCGGAGCGAGUGCCCGAGGCGAUCGCCAACAAAAAGCGGUGCGUCAAGGUGACCAAGCAGGAAAUCGGGGGACUCGGGAUCAGCAUCAAAGGAGGGAAGGAGAAUAAGAUGCCCAUUCUGAUAAGUAAAAUAUUCAAGGGGCUCGCAGCGGACCAGACCCAGGCUCUGUAUGUCGGGGACGCCAUCCUCUCCGUGAACAGCAUGAACCUGCGGGACGUAACCCACGACGAGGCUGUGCAGGCGCUGAAACGGGCAGGGAAAGAGGUGACUCUGGAAGUUAAGUACAUGCGUGAGGCCACUCCAUACGUCAAAAAGGGCUCCCCAGUGUCAGAGAUCGGAUGGGAGACCCCCCCUCCUGAGUCCCCGCGCCUCGGCAGCGCUCCCUCCUCAUUCGACCCUCCGAGCCCACCUACCCAGCCGUACCUUUCUCUGAACGGAGACAGGAGGUGCAUACCUCUGAAAAUGUGCUACGUAACCCGAGCCAUGACCGUACCAGACCCCGAUAACAGACAACUGGAGCUGCAUUCUCCUGAUGCCAGACACACUGUGGUGCUGCGCUGCCCAGACCAACCAUCUGCCCUGUCCUGGUUCUCUGCCAUGCACUCUGUUACAUCAACACUGGCACAGCGGGCACUGGCAGAGGUCAUCCAGAACACAGUCAGGACAGGGGUCGCUGGCAGCAAAGAGAUACGACACCUGGGCUGGUUGGCAGGGAAGACCGAGAGUGAGAAGCAGUGCUGGAGGCCGGUGUUGAUGGUAGUGACAGAGAAGGACUUGUUGCUCUACGACAGUUUACCACGUGGCAAGGAGGCCUGGCAGAAUCCUGCACACACUUACCCACUUUUAGCCACACGUCUGGUUCAUUCUGGGCCUGACCGGGGAUCGCCUCACUCUGGCACGGAGCUGUACUUUGCCACUCGGACUGGCACACGACUUGGCAUCGAGACCCACCUGUUUCGGGCCGAGACCACCAAGGAUCUGUCCCUGUGGACCAGACACAUAGUCAAUGGAUGUCAUGCAUCGGCUGAGAUGAUCAAAGAAGUCACAACGAGUUGUCUGUACCGGGGUCAGGAGUGUCGGCUGGUAAUUCAUUACGAGCAGGGAUUCUCUGUCCUGGCCGACCCAAAAGCCCGAGACGCAGAGGACGGUGAGGAGAGAGUACCUCAAACUCCCAGCAAGCCCCAAGUGCUCCUUUCCUACCCCUUUGAAAAGCUAACGAUGUCCUCAGACGAUGGAGUACGCAUGCUCCUCCUUGACUUUGGAGGGAAGGAGGGAGAGAUUCAACUGGACCUCCACUCGUGUCCGAAGCCGAUCGUCUUCAUCCUCCACUCCUUCCUAUCCGCUAAGAUCGCCCGCCUCGGCCUGGUGGCCUGAGAGUCUCUCUAAAGGGACUCCACUGAAAAUAGAAAUCCACCUCGUUUCUCCACCUGCCUACAGUCGGCAUGCAGUACACCACCUCCAACUUCUUCAGUUGGAAAAACCGAGCUGAUUGAAUGUAGCCUCUAUCUGAAAGUAGACAUUUUUCCAUCUCCAACUCUGUGCUGAAGAAACGAUACAGAGCAACAUGGAGAUAGUUCACGCUUGGAGUAAAAUGUGCUCUUGAUAGUUUAUAUGGAGGUAGGUGAUCCUAGUAAGGGUUGCGUGGACUGAAGACUACCUGGACUGGAUUAGAUGCACAAGGAUGAUCUAUACACAGACAUGAGGACACACGGAAGGAGCAGAUUGGGCAUUACUGUCACGUCCUAGAUUGGAAGGGCUGGCCACGUGUAGCAGGAUGGAGAUGAAUUCACUUUUAACUCAAUCAAAAUGUAAUAGCAAACUGCCUUCCAUUUACCAAUUAUGUAAUUUAUUUACCAUUAGCUCUGAAAGGACAUUCUGAAUUUCACUCGUCAUUUUUCUUCCACUAACACUUGACACACUGUGGGACAACUUUACGCAUUUGUCUUUAUUAGCAUCCCCUGAGAUGUCUCGUUAGCAGUGUCAGCAUUCAUCAUGGAAAAUGGGAGGCACAAUCGGCUGCAAGGAUUCCCACAAUGCUCUCAUCUGGUGGUCCAAGUAUUUCAGUAUUUGAGUUGACAGUGAUCUGACAGUUACACCGGUAUUACAUGUGCAUGGAAUUUUGUGGUGAGGACAGAAGGAUUCAUGUCAUUGAACUAUCCUUAAAGUGCAGUAGAAUACUUUGGAAACCACAUUUCCACACAGUUGGGACAGAUAAUUUAAGUCGUAGACGUCCCCUCUAAUCUUUAAACUCAUUUUCCUCGGCCUGAAGUAGCAAGCAGGACUGUAAACAAUGAUCGAUGCACAGAAGUGGAAGUCUCAGCUUGGAUGUCUAACUCUUCUGUUUUCUAGAUAUCCAAAGUAUUUGCUGUUGCUCCCUGAGUCUAGGUCAUCAGACGACUGUUGAAGGAUGCCCGGGUUUUUCUAGAACAAGCUACCUGGCACUGUCCAAAUAUGAAACUUUGUACAACAUAAUAUCUACGUACAUUUUACAAAUGGCAACCUAUUUUGAGAAAGCAUACGGUUUGCAUCGUAUGUUUUAGGAGUAGCAGUUUUACAGUUUCAGUGGUUUGGGAGAUUUUAAGUUGGUAGUUAGCCUAGCUUAGCAUCAAGGUUGUCAUUGCCCCUGGCUAAGAAUAAGCCUGUCAAACCACAAACCGACAUCUCUACAUGUUAAUUGGUGAUUUAGAGAUGUGCCUCAUAGUCUUAUCUUCUCUCUUUAAUGUCAACAAGAAACUGAGUCUCCAGUUAAAUCUAGUCCCUUCCAUCGACAUUUCAGAGUACUUUAUUUAUAAACUCAAAUCUUUGUUUGUCACAGCAUGUCUGUGGCUGACUGACGAACCACAUCAAGAAAUUCUCUCAUGAUGAAACUAGAUUGAACGUUGCCUGAAAAGUCAUAUCAAGUAUUGCGGUAGCCACCAUAGCCCUCAACCCUGCUUUGGUUUUGCAGCAGCCGUGCAGAUCAUUAAUCUUCCUGAUGCCAUGCUGCUGAUCAAAUGAGGAUACUGCUCUGUGUCUGAUGUGGCUGGCUGACGGGUCUUUCUAUGUGCCUUCAGGUGAUGAGAAAAUAAACAUUUGAAUUUGAAAAGAAAUUAAUCACAGGGUGCACAAGAAACGUUGUGACUACUGUGGUGGCUACAUCACUACUGGGUAUAAUCGGAGGUGGUUGGCCAGCAUUAAUUUUUAUGUUUUUGUUCUUCUUUACACCAUAAACAAACUGAGACAUUCACCGACGACCAUUUGCACACAAACACACACACACACACUGUGACAAUACUUUACACACUUUAAUCCAACUACACUGUAGAUGUGUGUUUUGUUGACAUUGUAACACACCAAGAAUCCAGCACUUAAUGAUAAUGUCAAGUGGAGAGAAGCUGUUUGAGUGAAGGCUGCUUUGAUAUGUAGAUACUCUGAUGCCUUUGGCAGCUACUGUACUGUCACUCAGAACGAUGAAACUUUAGUUUUUAAUUCAAACGGUGCACAUAAAUCAUGUAUUUAAAACAACUAAA